GCCGCGCGCGCGGCGUGCCGGCUGCGCUCUCCGGCGCCCCCGCCUCCUCUCGUCUGCCGUCCGCCCUGGCGCGCGGCGGCCCCGCGCCGCCCCCCGCUCGGCGGGCAGAGUGGCAGCCAGACGAGGCCCCCUCGGCGCCCGCCCGGGGUCGCCUGCACGCCAGUCACUCUUACGUGUAGUCGACUGGGGCGCUCCCGCCGCGCCGCGGCGAUCGCGGGGGCCCCGGCGCGCGCGGCCGCCCGCUCGGGCGCGAGCAGCGCAAAAAUGCAGGGAGACGGGGCGGGCGCCCCUCCAGCCAACCACCCUGGGGAGGAGCAGCAGCAGCGGCCGUUGCCGCGCGCCCCGCUCAGCUCCGGCCCAGCAGGGCCGCCCCGCACGCCGGGCAGAACUGGAAGGCCGGCUGGGCGGCGGCUCAAAGGCGGAGGAACAGCAAAAGGGCACGGAGCAAGACGACGAGCGGGAACAGCAGCAACGCAAGGAGGAGCGGAGAAGGCGGAGAUGGGGCACCGAGGACUUCGAGGUGGUCCCCCUUCGCCCAACGGCUACGCCCGCUCCGCGGGCACAGAGUCGGCAUCGAGAGGCUCGAAAGGCGGGGGCCCCGAGUCGUCCUCGGCGCGUCGCCGCCGACAGGUCGAGGAGAGCGAGGAGGACCCCGAGGUUCGAGGCUCGAAGAUCGAGGUGCUCUGGCGUGCUCGUGCCCAGGGAGCCGAGGCAUUGCACACCUCCGGACGGAGGCUUUUCGCAAAUUUCGGCCUCGAGGGGCUCUCGCCGGGCCCCGGGGCCGUCAAAAAACGACUCGGGAUGACAAACCGGCCCCGGGGGGGAUGCGGUCCUGGAAAAAUCACGCCGUCGGAUCUCUGGGUGUCCC